CUUAGUAACGGAUGCGUCCCAGCAACGCCCAGGCGAGACGUUUGUGCUGCUGGAAUUUGUUUUUCUGAGAGUCAAAACUCCCAUCUCCAGCUCUCAAAGGAGCUUUUCUCCAGAGUACUGCCGAGGCUUCCUUCCCUUCACUUUCGUAAUACUGUAUCAGACUACGUCAGAACCAUGGCUCCAAAAUCCCCGCAAGGCCGCCAGAAGAAGUCAGCACCUGGCAAAAAGAAACAAAAGCCAGUAUUGCCUGCUACUGAGGAAGAGGAACCAGUAAAUAUGGAAAGCAUGGGUCAUCCAGAAAUUUAUCCUUUAGUAUUGACUACCAAGACUCAGGAAAUAUUCAACUGCCGAGUAGAUCAAGAUGUCACCGACGAAAUACCGUAUAAGCUUAUCAAAAAGGAAGAUAUUUUUGAAGACUUGCGUAACAGAGCUGCAGUAUCUGACUUCCACCCGGUCAAAAAAAUUGUCCAGGAAUAUCCUGGAAAUGAGAUUCUACUUGUUUAUGACAAAGACUUCAAGUAUGGGCUGAACUUUUAUAUUAUAGGAACAGAAGAGGGCAAGGAAAAUUAUUUAAAUGCCCCAGAAGUGCCAGAAGAACAAGAAGAAUAUAAAGAACUUAUUCCUGAAGAAAUAUUUACUUAUGUACCACCUGUCUCUAAACCUUGGGUGUCCUUGGGCAGUGAAAAAGAAAUUGAGGAAGAAUCAGUGAAGAAAUCUACAAAGCAGGUGACAUACAUGAUUUCUCGAAAACGCAGUGAUUUUGGUGCACCAGUUACAUUCAGUGACCAAAAUGCUUCCAGUGUAAAAGAUGCCUACAUCGAAUGUACAGCCUACCCAGAUAAAAACUUCACCCUUAAGCAACUGGAGAAAAAUGUUGCCAUGCAAGCAAUCCCUCAAAUCAAGGACACGAGCACUCAGACAAAAUGGACAUAUCCCAAAAAUGCUAGUACACAAUAUUAUGCAAGAGAAUUCUCAGAAGAGGAAAAAGAAAGAGUUGGACAAUCAAAAUCGUUGACUGAUUUUCUGAACAAUGUGUCCACAAGUGUUGAAAUAGCCCUGCAACAAAAUGAAAUUAUGAACCUAUUUAUUGAUGACUGGAAGUCCUUGGCCGAAGAAGAAGGCACCUUUGGGGACAAAACUGAUACCCACCUGAAAGAGUACCAGUCCUUCACUGACCUGCACAGCCAAACAGAGAAAAUGAUUACCUGCGUCUCAUGGCAUCCAACUAUCUACGGGCUAAUAGCAGUGUCGGUGGCUGUGCGACUUGCCUUUGAAGACAGAGUCCACUUUUCUGGGAAAUUGUUGUUGCAACCAUCACUGAUUCUUUUCUGGAGUUUCUCUGACCCCAUACAUCCUCAGUUAAUGCUGGAGAGCCCAGACGAUAUCUUCUGCUUCAAGUUCUGUCCGAGUGACCCUAACAUCAUUGCUGGAGGCUGUAUAAAUGGACAGGUUGUCCUGUGGGAUAUCACCGCACAUGCAGACCGCAUAGAAAGUACCAAAGCAGGCGGUGGUGGAAGUAAAAAAGCUACACUCAAGCCUAUGUUUCUCCUUGAACCAGACAGUAACAAAGAAGCAAUGUAUAUCAGACACUGCGCUGUCUCUUCAAUAGAAAGCGGUCAUAAGAAUAUAAUUACAGAUAUACACUGGCUGGCUGACACAUUUGAGAUUAACAGAUUCGGCUUUGUCUUUGAGAAUCGAAGUGAAAUAUGCUGUCAACUUGUCACCUGUUCGGCAGAUUGCACAAUAUGUUUCUGGGAUAUUAGGCCACUGAAAACUGUAACCCCCACACCAACAGAGAAAAAGAAAGAAGAAACUAUUGAAAUUCCUUUUGAUGUACCGGCUACAUUUUUGCACCUAGAUCUCUCCUGGAAACCUCUCACUAGGAUAAAGCUAUCUAAGGGUGAAACAAAUUUGGACCACUGCCCAACCAGGAUAAGCCUGAGUGACGAACAGCUUCUUCCCAAAAUAUCAGACAAAAUGUUAGCCCAGACCAAAGUGAUAGAAAUGAACCCGUACCACAAUCUGGAAGCUGGGCUAGCCAAUCUUCUCAGGCCGAUCGAUGACUUCUGCACCAAGUUCUUUGUGGGAACUGAGGAAGGUGAAGUGAUGUACGCAGAUUGGAAAAUGGAAAAAGAUCCUGACACCGGCAGGAUGAUGGCAAAGAAACCAGUGAGCCUCUAUUCUGUCCAUGAUGGAGUUGUUCACACUGUUCAGAGAUCACCUUUUUACAAUGACAUUAUCCUCACCGUUGGGGGAUGGAAUAUAGCCAUCUGGAAAGAAGGUGUUAUGUCUGGACCCCUCCUUCAGUCAUGCUGUGCUGCGAAAAGGUACACCGCAGGGCACUGGUCCCUCACAAGGCCGGCUGUUUUCUAUAUUGGCCGAGAAGAUGGAUAUGUUGAUAUCUGGGACCUUCUGGAAAAAACCCAUGAACCAGCCCAGUCACAAAACAUUUGCAUAACUAUGAUCACCUACAUUAAACCUUGGACCUUUUCUGCUAAGCAGCAGUUUAUAGCCAUAGCUGAUUAUUAUGGAACACUGCAUAUACUAGAAAUUCCUUGGACAUUAAGUCACCCUUCCAACAAUGAGGUAUCAAGUGUUAACUACUACUUUGAUAGAGAAGUCAAGCAUCUGGAAUAUGUAGAACAGCGCAAAAGUAUUCGUGAGCAAGAAAAGAAGGAAAUGGAGUUAGAAACUGAAAAGAAAAAACAUAAAACAUACCAAAAGUCAAAAGAACAAAUGGAAGCUGAAUUAAAAAUGGAGUAUGACAGUUAUUUGGAACUGGAAAAGACCAUCCUCAUCAAUCUUGGCCUACUCAAAGCCCCAGAGAUAGUGGGGUCGCACAUGGAAAUGAUAUAGAAAAGCUCUCUGAAGGGGUGUUUGGGGGAUUCCGUGGGUCUUCUUUCUCUCUUUAUUCAUUACUAAUUUAAACUAGCAAACCGAACGUACAUAGGUUAACUGUAAAUAUAGACUUGUAUUUCACUGCUAUUAAAACUCUUGAGUUCUAGCAAUA